CCCAGAGCUCAAAUAAACACUCAGCCAACAGCAAUGUUCAUGAUCCCUAAUCUUUGCAAGAAGAUGACCACAGGAGUCCUACAAUCAUCCACAAACUCUACAGUUUAUAUCCAAACAAGAACUCAGCCAACAAUGUUCUUGAUCCCCGGUUUUUGUACUAAUUCCAUUCAAAAUGCAGGUGUAUCCACUGUUGUUGGUCUUGAUGGAAAUUGCUCUACAAAUGGCACUUCAGUAAUAGUCCAGCAACAGAAUCCUAUCAACCAUUUGUGGCUUAUUGAAGCAAUUCCACAUACCCCCGACACUUAUAUUAUCCAAAACACCAGAACUGGAUUAUACCUUGAUAUAGCACCUGCCAAUGGUCUUGGCAAUCCAAUUACUGUUGUAUCCAAUGGCACAGAACUGACAGGUGCAGGAGUUGGCCACAGGUUGAUCCUUAGCAGGGAUAACAAUAACCAAUUCAGAAUUCAAACUGUCAACUCCCAAGCUUGUGUGGAUCUGAAGAAUUGUGGGGUCAGCACUCCAACAAUUGUGGAAUGUGGCAGGAGUCCGGAGGUUCCUCAACAAUGGGUUAUCCAGCGCGUCGGUCAACACAAUGCUGAGCCCGUUCCCAUUAAAGUUUGUAGCAAAUUGUAACAAGUUAAAUAUUUUUAUGUUACUUUCGCUCAUAUUAUUUACCUUCCUUGCAAAUUUCCGAGGCCCGAAUGUAGA